ACCGGAAAUUGAAUCGUCUCGAAAGUGUAGGCACAAUUAUUCUUGUCCACACGCAUGAAAUAAAUUAGAUCCACAACAAAUUGAAACUGAAAGGAUUCAGACCUCAAAGAGAAUUAUCGUUAACAAUGUUUCUGCUUGGAAUUGGUCUCGUUCUUCCAUUCGUGAUGCAAGGGGCGCCCAUGGACUGUUCAUGUUAUUCGUUUCACGAGGAUGGCCUCACAUGGACCGCAGCAAGACAGUCCUGUCAGUACCACGGAGGAGACCUCGUAUCCCUGGAAACCGAACAUGAAUGGGAAGUCAUUAAAGAUUAUAUCCAAAACUUGACAAACCUGUUUAAUAAUGACUGGCACAUCGGCCUGCACUUCAACGCCACUGUGGCAAGAAACUGGACCUGGGUGAGCGGAAAGCCGCUGAGCAUUGAACGCUGGCAACCGUGGCAGCCUCGAGAUGGUGCUCCUUACGUGGUUAUGGCCAAGAACUAUCCCCCUGGUACUAAGGGACUUUUUAAUGAUGUGCGGGAAGAUAUUUUCGCCGGGUUUGUUUGCGAGAAACCAGCUGAUUGUUCGAAGAGUAGUUUACUCUGCAAGGAUCCAGGAAAGAUAACAGAAGCUAAACCAACUACAGCAUCAAACACGCGGAGCAGUUCGACAUCACUGCUGCUAAGAAGAAACCCGGCCAUACGAACUGAGAGAACAACAUCAACGCGAACAGCCAAAACCGGUGAUACGGUGAUCAUGGUAGAGAAAGUUCAACUUCCUUCCGGAUUCAUCCACUGGACCGUCACGGUAAUUCCGCUGGCUUGCGUGAUCGUGGUCCUUAUUUGCGUCAUCGGCUUCCUCCUUUGGCGCCUGAAACAGAGAACUCGCAAACAAAAUGGCGAAAUAACUGUUAAUUCCAUCCACUAUGACGUGCAGACGAGAUCUUUACUACACCAAGAAGGAAGGGUAGAUAAUCUCCGAGGUGCCGACCAGAUGGGGGUUCAUUUUCAAGAGCCAAAUAACCGCGAAGAUCCGAAAUAUCAUGCAUUAACACAAACAACAAGCAAUGAGAACAACCGCGUUGAAUACGCGGCGUUGUACAAAAAGCCUGGAGAAUUGCCCAUCUCUAGACGUUUAGCCAUAAGAAGAAAAAACAGCAGCGAGCUUACAAGCAAGUAUCCGUUGAAUAAGAGCGGAAAUGACGACGAAACUGAAGGAGCGUACAGGGUAUCCCAUAUGGACACACCCAAUCAGGGAGGCGAAAGAGAACAUUCCUCGCAUGAAUAUCAUGCGUUAGCCAGCGAUUACGACGAGCCUCUUAGUAUCAUUAAAAGCGAUCACGAGAACACAGAGAAGCCGGACUGUUCUGAGGACGAACUAUCUUACCUUGAGAUAAUUCCGUGAAAAAUUUAUCGGACUGUUCAUACAUCGAUCAUGUAGUGUGCCCGCUAGCCUCUGGAAACAUCACUGAGUGAUUUAUUUCCUAUGGAAAUUAUCUGGUAAUUCAAACUCCUACAUGAAGCAGCUGCAACUCUAUAUGACGCAGAAAUUAAUAAAACAGAGAAUGCAUCCACGGGCUGCGGCUAUAGAGCAAUAUUCAAUUGAUUGUCGUAAAAGCAGAACCAAUGUAAUCACUCUAGCCAAUCACAAAGAACACUAACAACUCAAUGAACCAAUCAAAACUUGAUGUAAUUACAUGCAGCUGACGCGAGGCGCGGCAAAAUGUGUGCGAGUGAGUCACAAUAAAUUGGUUUUGAUGUUACUUCUGAUUGGAUGAAAAAGUGGCGCGAGUUUUUUAAGCCAAUCAUGUAUCGUACCUAUGCAAAACCAAUUACGUUUCGACACUUAAGUAAAAACCGCUCUAGUUCUGCAA